CACAGGGCGGGAAGCUGAGAGCGAGCAUCCAGCAAGGAAGGAGGAGGAGGAGGAGGAGAAGUGGGGUGGUGGGUUCGGAAUAUUAGAGCGAACAGGAGGGUUGCCAUCAUUUGCUCCAUUUCUCUCCGGCCUCGUCAGCUCAUCCUGGCGCGUGCGUGCGUGCAUGCGUGCGUGCGUGGAAGAGAAAGAAAGAAAGAGGUGGGAGAAAAACAAAACGCUGGGACCGCCUGCUUUUUUUCACUGUCCCCCCUCCAUCCCCUCCAAUUGUGUUUUUACCUGACGUGACGGCAGCAAGCGACGAGAUUCGUACACGUUCCACGGUGAUGUCAGGCAGCUUGGAGAGUUCUUGCAGAAAGUCCGUGAUGAUUGGCUGAUUGGUUUCAGCCACAGGAAAAUAAAGCGAGCUGCUUUAGCAACGUGACAACAUGCCAAAGACUAAGUGAGUCAGUGGGGUCAAUCACUCCUUCAUGGGCCCAUCAUCAUUCCGGUCCGUGUGAUUCCGGCCCCGACGUUAACGGGCUGAGCCUUAUCUCACGGGUGGCGGGUCGAGGCGCUGUGCUGUGACUGGCCGAGUGCGGGCGAGAGUGCGAUGCAGAUUGGAGGAUGUCGGGCGACUGGGAUGAAGACUUGUGCAAGAAGGCGCUGAUGCUGGUGGAGGAGCUGUGCUUCAACUCGCCUCGUGGACACAGCCAGAGUGAACUGUGCCAGGAGUUCAGCUACCUGCUUCGGGGACGCAACAGACAGCUGGACGCAGAGAUCUCUGUGAGUCUGCUGUCGGUCAUCGUGACGUUCUGCGGCAUCGUUCUGCUGUCAGUGUCGCUCUUCGUGUCGUGGAAGCUAUGCUGGCUGCCGUGGCGGGACAAGGAGGGCGGCGGCCUGAGCCUGACAUCGGGGCUGUUGCCCGGAAGCGCCGGCGUGGGCGGCAUGCCCGGCUCCUCCUUUCUGCCGCCGCUGCUGCAGCGCAAGGAGGGCCAGUCGUCGUCGUCGCUCUACCCCUCGCUCGGCCAGCAGGGGCAGCACCACCCGCACUUCUCCGACCUGGUGGGGCUGGAGAGGGGCGAUGGUGGCGGCGGCCUGGUGGGCGGCCCGCAUGAGACCCAGGAGCACUCCUACCUGGACAUGGACUCCUAUCCCAACAAUGCUGGAACGCUCAAGCUGAGCCAAACGUCUCCGGACGUGCCCAACUCGGAGGGCGGCACCCACCCCCACAAAGAUCUGCCCAAUGCCGUCUCCCAGCAGCAGGUCGCCGCACGGCCCAAGCCGAUGACUCACCAGCUGUCCAGUCCCGACUUCCACGGCGAGGAAAAGGAGCAGGUGACCAGCAUCGGUCAGAUCAAACCCGAGCUCUAUCGGCCCAAAGGUGACCAGGGUGACGGCAAGCAGGGUGAAGCCUGCGGCAAAAUCAGCUUCCUGCUGCGCUACGCCUUCAACACGGAACAGUUAGUGGUGAAGAUCCUCAAAGCAUUGGAUUUGCCGGCCAAGGAUGCCAACGGUUUUUCCGACCCUUACGUCAAGAUCUACCUGCUGCCCGACCGCAAGAAGAAGUUCCAAACUAAGGUGCACAGAAAGACGCUGAACCCCGUGUUCAAUGAGACGUUCCAGUUCGGCGUGCCUCUGAACGAGCUCCACUCUCGCAAGCUUCACUUCUCCGUCUACGACUUUGACCGCUUCUCCCGCCACGACCUGAUUGGGCAGGUCGUUGUGGACAACCUGCUGGACUUCAGCGAGGGCAGCGGAGACAAACCAGUGUGGAGGGAUAUCGUGGAAGGCACUGCGGAGAAGGCCGACCUCGGGGAGCUCAAUUUCUCGCUGUGCUACCUGCCCACAGCCGGCAGACUUACGGCCACAGUCAUCAAGGCCACCAACCUGAAGGCCAUGGACCUAACUGGUUUCUCAGACCCUUACGUGAAGGCCUCAUUGAUCUGCGAUGGUCGCCGGCUGAAGAAGAGGAAGACAUCCAUUAAGAAGAACACGCUGAAUCCAACCUACAACGAGGCACUGGUGUUCGACAUUCCCAACGAGAACAUUGAGAGCGUGUCCAUCGUCAUCGCCGUGAUGGACUACGACUGCAUCGGUCAUAACGAGGUGAUAGGAAUGUGCCGUGUGGGCAGCGAUGCCGACGGCCCGGGGAGGGAGCACUGGACCGCCAUGUUGGCUAAUCCACGCAAGCCAAUAGAGCACUGGCAUCAGCUGGUGGAGGAAAAAGCAAUCGGUACGUUUGUGUCGACGAAGGAAGAAGCGUCACCCUCCUCCAAGCCACACAUCGUGGUGGACAGUCCUCACUCCGAUUAAACGGGUCCACAACCGUCUCUCCACCUCCAGACGUUUCCUUUUUCUCUCCUCUCAUCUGUGAAUACACCUUUUUUUGCCAUCAAAGAGAAACUCGGAGAUACACUCAAAGUUGUUGUGCUUCCGCUCAAUCCGUCGACAAAAAUAAACAAAACAAAAUGAAAAAAAAACCCCAAAACAAACGACGACCACGCAGCAGCGGAGACAACCACAGCAACUUACAGUCAGUUUGCUGUCUAGGCGUAGUUGAUAUUUAGUAUUUGCUCUAGGCGGAGUUUGCUGUGAUAAACUCUUAAAAAAAUAAAAUAACUACACUUCAAAAAUUAAGCCAUCCUCAAGGGGGGGUCACCAGGAGUGGGACCAAAUCUCUUGUACAAAAUCUCAGAGAAGAAGAUUGACCGUAUCAUACAAGGUAGCGGGACCUGCUGGAUUCACCGGGCCUUGCCGGCCUUUGAUGCACCCGAGCCCAGGAGGAAGGAGGACCAACGUGGUCUUCAUUGAUGUCAAAGGAGCCAGGACAGGACUGACUGUAGCCUGAGCAUGUUACCUUGUGUCCUUCUUCUUCACGCAUCCGGUCGUCAUCAUGGCUUCUUCUUUUAACAUUCUCGGGACGGAGCAAUGUGAAGUUUGGUACCAGGAAUGCGAGGGACGCCUAAAAACACUGUCCGACUUUUCCCUGGCGGAUGCAUCCCAGGGGGAGAAAAAAAUACAGGAUUUAGCUUUGAAUUUUUCCCAUCACAAGCUUUAGAAUCAUCGAGUGACACGUGGCACACGUCUGUGUUGCUUUUAUCCGUGUGUUUCCGUGUUCGUUGGUGUGUUUGUUUUGUACUUGUGUGGGUGCGUGUGUGUGUGUGUGUGUGUGUAUACGUAUGCCUGUGUGUCCUAGUGACCUCCUGCUGUGAUCAUUUCUCCCCGUACCCUCCCUGCACCACUUCGUCUUGGUCUGACUUUACCGUCCCCGCCCCCUCCCCGCCCACCCCCAAACUUCUACGAGUUCUAUCUCACAUAAUAAGGAGCCAUAUUGUUGUGCGAACAAUAUACAGAUGGCAGAACAUCGACAUUGCAACAUCAAAUAAAACGAAAGUUGGGCAAUCACUUCAAGGUUGGAAUGUGGGUUGCAACUGCUUAAACUAGGCGGCCCAGUGGUCCAGUGGUUAGCACAUCGACCGCGCAGUGCAGAGAUACCAGGUUCAAUUCCAGCUCCGGCCUUCCUGUGUGGAGUUUGCAUGUUCUCCAAGGGCCUGUGUGGGUUUUCUCCGGGUAUUCUGGUUUCCUCCCGCAUUCCAAAAACAUGCACGGCAAGCUAUUGUCCCUAGGUGUGAGUGUGAGUGCAAAUGGUUGUUCAUCGCUGUCGAUUGGCUGGCAACCGGUUCAGGGUGUCCCCCGCCUACUACCCGAAGACAGCUGGGAUAGGCUCCAGCACCCCCACGACUCUUUUGAGGAAAAUUGGAUUGAAAAUGAAUGAAUGAACUGCUUAAACUCCACCAAGAGGAAUGUUUUCCCACAUUAAUGGGUACGGGUUUUUAGGUUUGGGAUUUGGCUCCCAACACUACCAAGGCGCUAUUUUCUCCACAUAAAUCCCAUAGAUUCAGGACUUCUGAGGCUUCCCGGUUAAAUUCACUUCACUUGCAGCAUUGUGUCUCGGGGGCAAUUUAGUGAGACGGUCGUAUCCAACUGUCAUGUAAUCGCUGGAAGGAAGGGAGCUCGCCAAAGGGACAAUAGUCACAGAGUGUUGGAGUCUUUUUCAGCAAUUGUCCUUCAGGCAUCCUCCUCAUUUGGAGCGUAAUUGUCGGUGCAAACGUAUUUAAGUGGACAAUCGGGAAGGGAACCACCAAAUUUAAAUCCAGUAAAACUACAUUUCUGAACGCGGAAGCCCAUCGAGUGUAGCGUUUGCUGUGAGCAGGCUCUGCUCACCCGUCUUUUAAAGACCAGUAAAAAUGAUGGCUCGUUCAAGAUCGGGAUACUCCAUGAACCAGUUCAAUUGAACUGCAGGGCCAUACGGUCGCCUAGUGGCAGUUUGUAGACACAGUUGGAGUUGCUUUUAAAAUACAGUCAAACUGCUCACCUGACUGAUCUUACAGUCUGUGUAACGGCGCUCCUUCUGAGCGCCUCAUGAAACCCUUCUGGCCUCCCACCCUCUUCCUCCCUCCCGGUGUCGUGUAACUCUGUCGUGCUUCUCGCUGUUUUGUGUGCUAUGCGAAAACCCGGGCGACGGUCAUAAAAAUACAACAAAAAUGUUUGGGUUUUAAAAAAAUUCAUCUGGUAAAAUGAAUGGAGAUGAGUGUGCGUCAUGUGACUUGUAGAGUAUGGAUCAACUUUAUCCGAGUCAAAAAAUGAUCGAUCCGGCGGUCCCAGGGCUCCAUGACACGCCCCAUCUCGCAUCCGCUCGUCAGCUCAUUUUAACCCUACUUAACCACCAUGCCGCCGCCUCAUUUUAAACGCGCCCCCUUUUCUCGUCUACCUUUUUCACCAUACAUCCUUCCCUGUCCUCCAUCUUGUCCCCCGCCCCGGCUGUCUUGUGGUGUUGUGAAUGGUCGCGAUGGAGAUCUGCAUGCUUCUCAAUUAACACGAAUGAUGUCAACUCGAUGCAAAAUGACAUAAGCAACACUCAGAGCUAUUAAAAAAAAGAGAGAAAAGAAA